AUGGAGAGCCGAAAGGACAUGGUUAUGUUUCUGGAUGGGGGUCAGCUUGGCACUCUGGUUGGCAAGAGGGUCUCCAAUUUGUCCGAAGCCGUGGGCAGCCCGCUGCCCGAGCCGCCCGAGAAGAUGGUGCCCCGUGGUUGCCUGAGUCCGCGGGCUGGUCCUCCGGCCGCCCGGGAGCGCGGCGGGGGAGGCCUGGAAGAGGAGCCGGUCGACGGACUAGCAGGCAGCGCUGCGCGGCCGGGCGCCGAGUCGCGGGCAGCCGGGGCCGCAGUGCUCGGCCCCGGACCUCCGGCUGCCUCCGCCGACAGCCUCUCAGGCCAGGGGCAACCCAGCAGCUCGGACACCGAGUCGGAUUUCUAUGAAGAAAUCGAGGUGAGCUGCACCCCGGACUGCGCCACGGGGAACGCCGAGUACCAGCACAGCAAAGGGCCUGGCUCCGAGGCACUGACCAGCAGUCCCAAUGGCAGCGGCGAGGCUCCCAAAAGCAAUGGCAGUGGUGGCUCCCAGGGCACCUUGGCCUGCAGUGCUAGUGACCAGAUGCGACGGUACCGUACUGCCUUCACCCGGGAGCAGAUUGCACGGCUGGAGAAGGAAUUCUACAGGGAGAACUAUGUAUCCAGGCCUCGGAGAUGUGAGCUGGCGGCUGCUCUAAACCUGCCAGAAACCACAAUCAAGGUGUGGUUCCAGAACCGGCGCAUGAAGGACAAGCGGCAGCGGCUGGCCAUGACUUGGCCGCACCCGGCCGACCCAGCCUUCUACACGUACAUGAUGAGCCACGCGGCGGCCGCGGGCGGCCUGCCCUACCCCUUCCCGUCGCACCUGCCCCUGCCCUACUACUCGCCCGUGGGCUUGGGCGCUGCGUCCGCCGCGUCUGCCGCCGCCUCGCCCUUCAGCGGGCCGCUGCGCCCGCUCGACACCUUCCGCGUGCUUUCGCAGCCCUACCCGCGGCCCGAACUGCUGUGCGCCUUCCGCCACCCGCCGCUCUACCCGGGCCCGGCGCACGGACUGGGCACCGCGGCCGGCGGUCCCUGUUCUUGCCUCGCCUGCCACGGCGGCCCGGCCAACGGGCUGGCGCCCCGCGCCGCCGCCGCUGCCUCGGACUUCACCUGUGCCUCCACCUCCCGCUCGGACUCCUUCCUCACCUUCGCGCCCUCCGUGCUCAGCAAGGCCUCCUCUGUGGCUCUGGACCAGAGGGAGGAGGUGCCCCUCACGAGAUAA